AGCAGCAGAGGAAGCACAGACAGUAGAGCUCGGACUGGGAAGAAGCCGCUGGAGGAGAAGGGUCCUGCACAGAAACAGCGUAUAUAAGCCCUUGAUCGUGCUGUUGGGGUUUGUUUUGUUUUGUUUGCUAUAUGAUUUUUGUCAACUUAGUUCUCUUAUUCCAGCGGUGAUAGUUUAUCUAUUUGAGUCUUAUUGCAGCAAAGCUUAUAAGUUUCUCAAUCCUAAAUCUUAUAUUCCUUUAGUUGUUUUUGUUGAAAAAUUUUAGAAAUUUCUAACAAGAUCCAGAGAGGUUGUGUAUAAAUAAUUUAUAAGUAAUUUUGAAUCCUGUUUUGUUAGAAGAGGAUAGUCAUUUUAGGAGAAUAAGAUCAUUGACUGUAUAUAAUAGUGCUUUGAUUUUGUGAUAUUCUUUUUAUCGUUAUCAAAAGGCUUUUUUCGACCAGAGAAUAAAAGUGUAUUAUUUAGUGAAUAAGGGUUGAGGAUAGAGCAUCGAAAUGACAUAUUCUAAGCCAUCAACAUCAGAGCAGAUUGAAGUUACUGUGAAGAACAGUAAUAGUACGAUGGCCAAGUAUCAUAAGGAUGGACGUAAUUCGUCUUCGGCAGACUCUGGAUCUUCGGUUUCAUCAUAUUUAGAUGAAGAAGAUGGGUAUCAUCGGUACGAUGUGAAGCAUAUUCAAAACCACUCGAAUGCGAAUGCGAAUGCGAAUGUUAAUACUGAUUUUUUGAGGUUGAAUUUGAAGUCCUCUAUUAAUAAAAGCACAGCGACGUCGAUUAUCGGUGGAUCUUCAAUUAAUAUUGAUCGUACUGAUGAUGAUCGUGAUCGUGAUGAUGAUCGUGAUCGUGAUGAUGAUCGUGAUGAUAGUAAUGGUAAUGAGAUCAAAAUUAAUAUUAAAAAACAUAUCAUUAAUGAAAAUUAUAAUGAUAAUGGGAAUCAAAAUAAUAUUGAUACUGAUAGGGUCAAGUCUAUAUAUAGCAAAUUCAAUGAAUCUCACAAGAUAUUUUCAUUUUCAUUACCAUUUGGGAAUUCAUUAAAGAAAAACCCUAUAAAGUCGUUAUCGCUACCAAUAAAGUUGCCCUCAAUUUUAUUUCCAUCGAGCAAUGGAAAUAAAGAGAUGACAAAAGAAGAGAUCAAGUUGAAAUUGAAAAAGCAACAAUCAAUUACAACGAUAGAAGAAGAGAUUCUAUAUAAAGACCAUAAAGGAUUGGACAAUUCCAGGUUACGAGCAAUUAAAAACUCAAUCACCAUCAAGGGUAUCAAUGUGGAUAUCAGUGUUCAUCAGUAUGUUAGCAAAUCUAAUAAUGGAUCAUUUAAUUCUGAAUUAGAGAGAAUAGAGUCGAUUUUCAAUAAAUUGGAUGGGGAUAUAGUGAUUAUAGGCGGGUAUAGAGGCUCAAAGUUGAAAGAUAGAAAGCUGAACAAGACUUUGUGGAUUCCAAUUAAAGCAGGAUUUAAUUUGACCAAGAUAAACUUGUUUAUUGGGCCUGAAGAUGAAGACGAAAAUAGGAUUGUAGACAAGGGACAAGUUAUAUCAAAUGGGAUGUUGACACACAUUGGGCCAAUUGACAUUUCAAAGAGACUAAUCAAGAAAUUGGGCUCAUCAAGAAAUUCUGUUGUCCAUGAAUUUGGAUAUGAUUGGAGGUUGUCAAGUGACAUCAAUUCUCACCGGUUGUAUGAGUUUUUGAGCAAUAUUUAUAAGAAAACGACAAACAGGACAACAAAGAAACAUGGGAUCUUGAUACUCGCACAUUCGAUGGGAGGAAUAAUAACCCACCAUGUUUUGAACAACUACGACACAGUUGAGAAAGGGCUAAUUCGAGGGAUAGUUUAUAUGGGAGUUCCUUCCUCGUGUCCAAACAUCUUGGGGCCAAUCAGAUACGGAGACUCGAUCUUGUUGAACAACAAGAUCCUAUCAGCAGAGGUGAAUUUUUUGAUGAGAUCCAGCUUUGUUUUUCUACCAUUGAACGGGAAAUUGUUUGUUGAUAAAGAAAGCAACGAAGAGUUGGUAAUUGACUAUUUCGAUGCAGACAACUGGGUGAAAUACAACUUGUCACCCUUGGUGUCUAGCUAUUAUAAGAACAACCGACACUACAACAACUACGACACAACCAUCCGGGUGUCGUUUAACCAGGCCUACGACUACCUUUCGAGAACGCUCCGAAGAACAAAGAAGUUUCUCCACGAGUUGGAAUACCGUCCCGAGUGGCAGAGCCAGUAUCCACCGUUGGUGAUCGUGUACGGCAACCAGGUGCCCUCGGUUCGACGCUCGCGAGUCGAGGGCUUCGGCGGCAUUCUGCGCGGCGCCUACGACGAUUUUGUAUACGGGCCGGGCGACGGAGUGGUGUACCACAAGUUGCUCAUGCCCGAGCAGAACGGCUUUCCGGUGGUGGCCAAAAUCGCCUCCGACGCAGGCCAUGUCAGUCUCAUGGCCGACAUAGACGCGAUAAGCAGGGCUAUCGAGGCGAUUCUUAACGUAAAAAACCACUGA